AUGAGAGUUUAAGCUACUUCUUUUAAAUUACCAGCACUAAAGUUAUAACCAAAAGACUCUUAUUAAUGUCUUAGUUACGGUGAUAAUAAUCUAUCUAAUUCAUCAAUGAUUAAACAUUAAAGUAGUCCUCUUAGGAAUUAUGAUCCUUCUCCAAUUAAAAAGAGAGUUCGAGGAAUGACUAUAGCUAUAUAUAAUAGUUAAGAAAAGCUUAAAACAGCUGAUUAUCGUAAUGGAGGAGAAUUCAUAACUUAGAUCUAAUAAACUAAUUAAAGUACAUCCGUUGUGAAUACUUUUCGACGAUAUAGGAGUAAAUUAAGAUAAUUGAUGUAACCUUAAAAAGAAGAAGGAGUAAAUUCAAGAGAUCCUCGUGUAUAUUCAUUUAAAGAUCCAAGUGCUACUAUUCGACUAGAUCGAUUGAAUAAUGAUCGUAAAGAUCAAUAAAUUUAAGACAAAGUAAAAAAUUUAGUAGGGAAAGUAAAAUUGUUAUUUUCCUCUUAAUAAUUCUAUAAAGAACCCCUUCAAUAAGAUACUUUUUAAGUGAAACUUGUAAAACUAAAAGAUGAAUAUGAUUGUUUAUAUUAAGAUUUUAAUGACUACUAUAUUUAAAAUAAUAAAUUAGAUAAGUAAGUUCUACAGCUUUUAAAUCAUAUGGAUAUAAUCAAGACACUAUUAAAACCAAAAUAACCAAUUAAAAUUAAAAAAUAUCAAUCUCAAUAAACAGAAUUAAUUUAACCAGAAUAAUAAUCUCCUAUUGUUGAAGCAUAAGAAAUUGUUGAAGAAACACCAUAAUAAUCUAUAAUUGUUGAACAUUCAGAAUUUUGUCCUUAAGAACCACAUAAUUAAACAAUUCAUGAACCAAAAGAACCUAGUGUAUUUACUCCUCUCACUUCUAAAUAAUUUAAUGAUGAUCCAUCUAUUAGUGAUUUGGAAAAUGAUCAAUCAAAUAAAAUAAAUAUACCUAAAAAAAAGAAAUAAAAAAAUAAAAACAGUCCCUAAAAGUCUUAAAAGACUAUAAUUGCUUAGUAAUCUGUAUUAGAUCUUAAUGCUAUAGAAGAUUAAAAGGUUUAAUCUCAAUAAAUAUUAUCUCAACCAAAAAUGAAUCAAAGUUUUAAUCCCUAAAAUAAUUAAUUUUUAUCUAUCAACUAUAAUGAUAUUCCAGAUACUACAUAACCAGAAUAAAAUUCUUUACUGAUUGAAAAACCUGCACUUAAAAGGACAAUCAGUAAUUUAGGAUCUACAAGCAAAAGAAGAAAUACAGUUUUGGAAAGUAAGGAAGGAUAAAAAAAAUAAAAAAAAGUAGGUGCUAUUUCAGAGUAAGAUGAUAGCAAUUAAGAGGAAGAUGAAUAAGAAAACAUAUUAAAUGAGGGUUAAAUUGAAUCUAAUGAUGAAUAAUAACAUAAUAAAAUGAAAAAUUUAGAUCUAAAUUUAAUAGAUAUGUUAAUUGUAUCAUAAAAUAUUUAUCAAUACCCAUUCUAUUAAAAUUGGGAAUAUCACACUGUUGAAAUUAUUAAGGGGACUAUUUUUGGUUAAUAUGAUUUAUGA